AUGCUGUCGAGAUCUUUGGUCGUGCUGGCGGCGGCGGCGUCGGGGACGCUGGCUGCCACUCCUCAGGGCUUCGAACCUGCGGCCGAGACGAGUCUCCUAGUCACGUAUGGCCCCAUUGUGGCGAUGGAAGGCAGCGUCCUCGCGCAAGCCGCGACGCAAAUCGCUCCCAGUAUUGGGACGCAGAGCCAAUUGGACGGCACGUCGUUCGCGGUCCUGAUGAUCGACCUGGACAUUCCGACGGCCAACCCGCCGGAGACGAACACGCUGCUCCACUGGAUGCAGACGGGCCUCACGCAGGACACCGCCGCCACCACGAUCAACACGACGAUGGACGCCAUGAACGCAUUCCUGUUUCAGACCUCGGACGUGGCUGCGUUCGCCGCGUACAUCGGGCCGGCACCCCCAGCCCGGAUCCCCCUGUCUCAUCGAUAUACGCAGAUCCUCGUCGACACUUCGGCGGCGACGGAGGACGAGCUGGAUGUUCUCAAGACCGCCGCAGCGAACCGCUCGGGGUUCAAUGCGUUGUCGGUCCUGACCGAAGCCGGGCUCGCGGACAAGGUCCUGGCGGGCAACUUCUUCAAUGUCACGAAUGCUGGUCCGGCGUCGAACUCGACGACCAACAACGCGGGUGGUAGUGGCUCGAGCUCGGGAACUGGUUCGGUCAGUUCACCAACUCAGACGGCGGUCUUCCCUGGCGCAGCAGUCUCGCAGAGGGCGAGCGAGUUGUUUGUUGGCAUGGCGAUGAUCGGUGCCGUGUUCUUGGCAUUGUAA